AAAAACUCUUCGCCUAGCUUUUUUUGAGCCCAACAAUCUGUUGCGAUGUGCCAAAGUAUCUGUUAAAAAUCAAUAAUUUUCCCAACUGAAAACAUACUGUUGAAAUCAGGCCAGAACCGCUGCUCAUCCAAUUGGAUGGCGAUAAUGGUCAGGUUGUCCGCCACCACAAGGAUCUUCCCGAGGAGCCGGAGAAACUCUCCCCCGCUCCCCUUGAGACCACCGUUAUGCUCUGCUCUCCGGCGGGCUUUUCCUCCGAUUCCGGAUCGGAUCGCUUCGGCAUCGAGUCCGCCAAUAGGCAGAAAUAUGAGUUAGACCGUUUGGGCAUGACUGUCACCACAAAUGCUGUCGUCAUAACCAAAGACCAGAGCAACUUGAUUGGAAUAAGUAUUGGAGGUGGAGCGCCAAUGUGUCCAUGUCUAUAUAUUGUGCAGAUCUUCGAUGGAACCCCCGCUGCAAGAGAAGGAUCCCUGCAAUCCGGAGACGAGCUGCUAGCAGUAAACUCGGUCAGCGUGAAGGGCAAGACAAAGGUGGAGGUGGCCAAAAUGAUCCAGACGGCAACCGACGAGGUGGUCAUUCACUACAACAAAUUACACGCUGAUCCGGAACAGGGAAAAACACUGGACAUAAUCCUUAAGAAGCUAAAGCACCGAAUUGUGGACAAUUUGUCGAGCAACACGGCGGAUACUUUGGGUCUUUCCCGGGCGAUACUCUGCAAUGAUUCGCUGGUGAAGCGGCUGGAGGAGCUGGAGGGCACUGAGUUGAUGUACAAGGGUCUGGUGGAGCACGCCCGCCGGAUGCUCAAAGCCUACUAUGAUCUCCUGCAGACGUACAAGUCGUUUGGGGAUUGUUUCACACAAAUUUCCGUUCAUGAACCACAACAACGUGCCUCUGAGGCUUUUAGAACCUUCGGAGAAUUCCAUCGCACCUUGGAGAAGGAUGGCUUGGGCAUCAUCAAGCAGAUAAAGCCAGUUCUGGCCGAUCUGGGAACCUAUCUAAACAAAGCCAUUCCGGACACAAAGCUUACAGUACGUCGUUAUGCGGAUGCCAAGUUUACAUAUCUCUCGUACUGCCUGAAAGUCAAGGAAAUGGAUGAUGAGGAGCACGGCUUUGCUGCCCUCCAGGAGCCACUAUAUCGCGUGGAAACAGGCAACUACGAGUAUCGAUUGAUCCUGAGAUGUCGACAGGAUGCACGCAGCAAAUUCGCCAAACUCCGAACGGAUGUGCUCGAGAAGAUGGAGCUACUGGAGUGCAAACACGCCAUGGAUCUGAAUAAGCAGCUAAGAAGUCUGCUGGAGAGUUUGGCGGAACUUCACAGAAGUUUGGUGCAGCGUCUGGACUCCCUGCCGCCGCUCUUCCCCAUCGAAGUGGACUUCAAGGAGACGGACUUCCAGUACAAGUCGAGCACUCUGAAGCCGCAGGAGCUGGACGACGAUGAAAUCGAGGCCAACAGGAAUCCAAAUGCACCUCCAUCCCGAGUCGAUUGUGGCUUUGAGGCUGUCGAGCAACCGGCGGCAAUCAUCAAUGUAGAUGUAAAGGCAUCCGUAGAAUCAUCCGCUUCUCAAUCCACCAGCGAAAACGAAACGCUGCUCAAGGAACUCGGUCUUUACGAUGUAGACCUGCUAUCCAAUCCUCAGACCAUCAGCAAUCAGAAGGACUCCAUUGCGGCACAGAACGAUGGUUACGACUUUGAUCUUUUCCUGAAUCAGGCGACUGCGGCCACCACCAGUUUGGAGCGGGAUCUAAUGUCCUCCAACGCGGAGGAAAUGGAUUUGCUCUUGCAAUAGAAUUUUUUAGUACAAAUACAAACAAAUGUGUUAGAUAAAUAUUAAAUGUUCCAAUAUUUGGUAAAAGUAUUAUAUCAAAA